CAUCAUCUAGGAAUAGUACUCACCCCCCUAUAGGAUAAAUUGAAGGUGUGGCUGAAAGCUAAACGAACGUCCUUCGGCCAUUUCCUGAGAGUAAAGAUUGUUGCUUCUGGCCGAGAAAGAGCUUAGAAUUGCUUUAUUUUCCUAAGGUUAGCGGCUCUUGCAAUGGCUGCCAUACGUAAAAAGCUGGUCAUAGUGGGAGAUGGUGCUUGUGGUAAAACUUGUCUUCUAAUAGUAUUCUCCAAGGAUCAGUUCCCUGAAGUAUAUGUACCUACAGUUUUCGAAAACUAUGUGGCAGACAUUGAGGUAGAUGGAAAGCAAGUUGAGCUGGCAUUAUGGGAUACAGCGGGCCAAGAAGACUACGACCGGCUGAGACCUCUAUCAUAUCCUGACACAGAUGUUAUUCUGAUGUGUUUUUCCAUUGAUAGUCCUGACAGUUUAGAAAACAUCCCAGAGAAAUGGACUCCAGAAGUCAAGCAUUUCUGCCCAAAUGUACCAAUUAUUCUGGUAGGAAACAAGAAAGAUCUCAGGAUGGACGAAAACACCAAACGAGAAUUGCAGAAGAUGAAACAGGAACCAGUUAAAAUUGAAGAAGGUCGUGCAAUGGCUGAUAAGAUAUCAGCUUAUGCGUAUUUGGAAUGUUCGGCCAAAACCAAGGAUGGGGUUAGGGAAGUAUUUGAGACUGCCACACGGGCAGCCCUUCAGACCAAAAAGAAGAAGAAAGGAAAGUGUGUGCUCUUGUAAUUCACAGACUUUCUUUUGGACUGCUGAACUUACUUUGAACUCAUGGGUUGACAAUAAGCACAACACUCGUUCGUUCCCUUGUGAAGGGGAAUUGGAAGCUAAAUCUUUCUCCAACAGAAAGAACUGUUUUGUAGAUUCAAUCAUUAAUUUGAAGUAAGUCUUGCCAAACUAAUGCACCUUUCAAAUAAGACUGUUGCAUUUCAAAAUGACUAGGUUUUGCAACUCACCUCCAGUUUCCAUUUGUGUGCAAAACUUUGAGGAAUGAUUAAUCGUUUUCAUGUACUAACUUGACAUGGAAUGUUUGUAUUGUGAAAUGUAUUAUAAAAAAAGCUUAAAACUUUUCUUCAGACACAUACCUCAAAAUUAAGCUAGUUGCAUUGUUUUAUGUAUUUUAAGAAAUAGCAAACCAUUCAGAUUAAUAGAAUUAUAAAUCCUGUAUUUACAGUACAUGCAAGUGUUCUUGUCUUUAUUUAGUAAGAGCAAAAAAUGUUGAUGCAUUGCUUUACAUCAGAUUUCCUUGUUCUUUCGCAAGUAACAAUAUGGGGACAUACCUCCCCAUAGUAAGAAUAAUAAUAAUAUUGUGGUUAAUUGUGGAGGGUAAAAGUUUGAAUCUAGUUAUGUCAAAUUAUAUUUUUCAAAUAAAAAAAUGUCUUCAAUUCUUUAAAAA